AUGUGCAUGUGUGUGCAUGAGCAAAUGGGAGUGUAAAAAGGGUGUUUGCCCUGCUAACUCUGCCCCCAGUGCGAGCCCCUUCAUCCUCCCCUUGUUGUCAUGCACAGGCGCUCUCCCUUUGGCACAAAGUAUGCUGGCAAGCACAACAGCCAUGUGUUUUAGCUCCACGCUUUGAAGGGCUAAAAAAAAAAAAAGAGAGAAAAGUUUCAGAACUGUUUCAGAGAAACAUCGUGUGAAGGGAGAGAGACGGAGAGAGAGAGAGAGAAAAGAGGAAGAGAGCGGGGGUGACAGAGAGUGUAAGUGUGAGGGAGAGAGAUGGGGAGCAGAAGGAGCUGCAGACAAAAACAAGCUGUCCUCCAUGUGGUGAUUUGAUCUCAGUUGUUGAAGGAUACCUUUGUUGGACAACUUUUGGGGGAGAUUCUGCAAGAGACUCAACAACAGACGCUGAAUUCUCACGGUGUUUCCCAACCCAUCAUUGAAGUUAACCAUCAGCUGUCCCAGUGAUGCAGUGCGACGAGCUCUCAGCCAGAGAUGAGUUCACCUACAGCCACAUGUCCACUCUGGAGAGGGGCAGUGGGACGCUUGGACGACAGAGCGACAGGGGAACGGAGAGAAGGCCAGACAGGGGGGAGCGGUAUAGGCCAGAGCGAGACAGCUACACAGUGGACGUGAGGGCCAGUGACCUGCAGCUGGCCCAGCCGGAGCCUCUAAAGCACCCCUGCUUCAGCUACAGGGCCUGGCUCUACAGUGUCCUCAUAGGGGGCAGUCUGCUCAUCACGUCUGGUUUCUCUCUGUACCUGGGAAAUGUGUUUCCUGUUGCCAUGGACUACCUACGCUGUGCUGCAGGCUCUGGCCUCCCUGCAGCAAUAGCCAGUUUUGCCAUUGCCAAGAACAGACAUGUUGCAGUGUCAGAUUUCCAGGUGGUCUACGUGUCAACAUUCGCUGUGACGACCACCUGCCUGGUUUGGUUUGGAUGCAAACUGGUCCUAAACCCCUCUGCAAUCAAUAUCAACUUUAACCUCAUCCUGAUGAUUUUGCUGGAGGUGCUGAUGGCCAGCACUGUCAUCCUGUCAGCCCGCUCUGCAGAAGACUGCUGCUGCCACAGGAAGCCAGUGACAUAUGACAGGCCUGUGGUUAUAACGCCUGCAGUGUUCCCAACUCGACUCCUCAGAGCAUAUUCUGUGAUUGAAGUAAUUGUUGGAAUCUCUGCUGUGUUUGGAGGAAUAAUUGCACUCAACAUGGAUGCUUUGCUACCUGGCCCAUACUUGUCUGUCACAUUUUUCUGGAUUCUUGUGGCUUGUUUUCCUAGUGCCAUUGCCAGCCAUGUUGUGUCAGAGUACCCUAACAAAUGUCUGGUGGAGGUGCUGAUUGCCAUCAGCAGCGUGACGUCCCCUUUGCUCUUUUCUGCCUCCGGGUUCCUUUCUUGCAGUGUGAUCAGCUUUAUUGAAAUUUUCCUGCAUGAUGUGCCUAUAGCCAAGCAAUCCUAUGACAUCCUGCUGCUGAUUCUGAUGGUGUUGCUGCUGGUGCAGGCAAUUCUGACUUCAGCCACUGUGGUGCACUGUGCCUCCUACAAGAGUCAGCUCCGCAUGGGGGCUCUGGAGUGUGAUGACAGCAUGCACACAAGCCAUUACUGUGAGCAAGCAGCCAAUGAAACGCUGCAGGAUUUUGACAAAGACAGAGCCUGGAAGGCAGUUGUGGUUCAAAUGGCCCAAUGAGCUGCCCUACACAGAGAAGCUGGUGAUUUGUAGAGGAAAACAAACUCAGCUGUAAGCACAAGAGUUCAAUCUUGAGACACUGGAAGAAAGAAAAAGUAGUGAUGAUGUAUAUAGAGAGAAGAGAGAGAGUAAGAAGAAAGAAGAGACUGAAUUAAAAAAGAAAGUUUG